AGCGAUGGUGCUAUUGCAGAAGACAGCAAUGGUAAAAAAGCUUAGUCACACUUGAGCAUGUUUCGCUGAACGCUUAUAAGUAACGCCACGCAGAAUUAACAAAAUAAUUGAUCGCAGAAGUAAGGGAUGGUGGGAUUGCGGAAGUCAGCAAUGGCAAGAUUUUUUUGUCAUUGGUUCAGAACACAGCUAGUGAAUGCUACGAAAUGAGUUCAUCGCAGAAGUCAGAAAUGGCAGUAGUUUUUCCUCAGCGUUGUGCAUAUUUGCGUGAUUGUUUCAGAAUAUAGCUAGAGAGUACUUAGAAGGGAGUGCAUCGUAUAAGGCAGCUAUGGUUUGAUGGCAGAAGUCAGGAAUGACCGCAUUUUUGCAUCACAUUUGCCCAUGUGUUGCGAUAGUGAAGAGCAAAGCUACGUGCUAUGAAGAAAGGAAUUCAUCAGGGAAGUGAGCGAUCGUGUGGUUGGAGAAGGUUGAAUUGGAAAAAGUUUCGCAUAAGUGUUUGCUGUGUUUGCAUAUUAGCGGGAGUAGAGGCGUGGCCAUAAUUAUAAUGCAAUGGGAUGGAAAAGUCUGGGCUGCGUGUCAUGGAAGAAGAGCCGAAUGGGAAGUGGAACGGAUUGUGGUUGCUGAAUGCGAGAAUAGUGAUGUGUUUCAGGAGUAGCCGCGGUGGUUUGUUUUUAGCUACAGGUUGGCACAUCCGAGUCGUUGACAUGGAAAUUGGUCGCUGGGUGUUGACGAUGAUAUGAAUGGAGCAUAUGAAAAUUGAACAAGUUUGAUUCUUAUAGUCGAUGGUAUGGGUUGUUUUGGUGGUUGAAGAUCUUAAUCAAUAUCAGCGUAGUUCUUUGGCGGCGGGAUUGAACUUGAACGUCAGAUGUUGGGAAGCGAAAACGUUUUUCGUCGCAUUGUCACAUGUUGCGCAGUUUAAUAUAGGGAUGGAUGGGAAUGGAGCACAGAAAAUUUUAGCGAUGGUCUGGGAUGGUGUGUUCGGUUAGAUCAACAAUGCGAUAACUUAUUACUGCCAAGGAAGCAUGUUAUCCUGUUUUGCAUAUGGGUUGGUAUCGCAGUCACUGUGAGGGAAACGUUUUCGAAGAGUGAGUGAAAGUGUUGGUGGACAGGUGAACAAUGAGAAAACUUUCUAUGCAGCAGCUGACUGUAUUUGCGUUACCCGUUCGAAGUCGAUCGUAGUCAAUAGAUGGAAAAUUUAUGGGAAGAAUCUGCAUUGGCAUACUCAGAUGUGCCAGUGGUGGGAAAUAUUUGUUCUACCAGCUUGGGACUUGCUGCUGCGUCGAUGAAGACAAAUGGAUUUCGCUUACUAGAAAAUUCGUAGGAAGUGUCAGCGAUGGAAUGUUGCCAGAGGUGGGUAGUUGGAAAACUUGUUGUGCAGUAGCUUUUUAUUUUUGCCGGUUUUCCACGACAGAUAGAGCAGAAUUAGUGAAAAGAACAUUGAUCGGAAGACUAAGCGAUUUCGUUAGUGUGGUGGUCAGUGACGGAAUGGCUUUGUUCGACUGGGGGAGUAUAAUUUCUUGUUUCCAUCCAGAGAACGCUAUCGGUAAGAAUGAAAUUUGGAGAUAAAAUAACCGAUGGUGUGAGUAAACUAGUCAGUGGUGGGAGAAUUUUUUUCGCACCAGGUCAUCAUGUUGCUAUGGUUGCAUGAAGAGAUGGGUCCGAAAUAGUAAGGAGAAAGUGCUUGCAUGAAUGAGCGAAUGUAUCAUUGCAGAUCGGAAUAGUGGCAAAGCUUUUUCCAAGCAGGUAAGCAUGUUUCUGUCUGUGCAUGAAGUCACUGAUCGGAAUCAGUGAGAAGAAAGUAUAUUCCAAGAGUCAGCGAUGGUGUCAUUGCUGUGGUGAGCAAUGGGUAGAUGGUUCUCUAUUGGUUGAGGUUUUGUCGCGUUUGCAUGGAUGAAUCGAUGGGAAACGCUAAGAGAAAAUUUCAUCUGAAGAGUCAGCGAUUGUGUCAUUGUAGAGGUCAGCAACGGGAAAGCUGUUUUUUUCACUAGCUAAGGAUUCUCUCCGGUGUGCAUGAGAAGGUAAGUCACAAUCGGUUACAAGGCCAGUUUUCUGCGAAAGUUCUCGAUGAUGCUAGUGUAGUAAUAGGCAAUGCGAAUCAUCUCUCUUGGUUAAGAAAAUAAGCCAUUGUGUGGGUGUGGGUGUGGGUGUAGGUGUCUGGUAGUGGCCUGUGGAUAUUGGUGUGGGUGUGUGAUUGUGGCCUGUGGAUAUUGGUGUGGGUGUGUGGUUGUGGCCUGUGGGUAUUGGUGUGGGUGUACGUUUCUAACUAUGCCGACACCCACGCAUACACUCGCGCACAUUCACAUUCAUACCUACAUCCACACGCAAACGUGCACCUUCAAAACUAUGGUUGCUGGUGUUUAUGGGCCCUUUUAGCAUGUAAACACCAAGAGCAUUAUUGUUGCUAAGAUUAUUAUGUCGUUACUAAACUAAGUAUAACGUUCUGGCGUGUAAAUAUUCAGAUAGUUAUUGUUGCUAGUGCUAUUGUUCUUUUGAGACGAGCAAAUCUUCAUAUGUUCAUUGUUGGUGUUUCUGCACUUUUAAGAUAUAUGAGUAUAGAGUCGACAUUUCUAGUUUUGGUGCUUACAAAGCUUUGUAAACAUUUAGUUGGUUAUAUUCAACGGUUCGAUCGUUGGUGUGCGAUGUAUUAGUGCUGCCAUAGGGUGCGCCGACAGUUGAGCUCCAGAUACUUCAGCCGCACAAAAUUGAAAUCUCAUCGAUUAAGUAUAGAACACACGAAAUUAAUAUUGGAUCACUUAAUUUACUCGAAAGUAGUGCAGGGAAACAUGCGCAUCUUUCGAUGGUACUGAUGAUUCGCUGACAUAUUUUUCGUGGCUAAGCCAAUCAUCUUUACAGAAAUGAACAAGUUUUUCGAAUUAUAUAUGUUUGGCUCAUAAAGGUUUCAUUAUUGUUGGUAUAUUUUUCUAUUAUCAUUAACAAUGUCAAUUGGAAAUCUUCAAAACACAAGGAUCAACUUUUACUUAGUGGUUCUUGUUAGUGUCGUGCAAAUAAAUCUCAAAUUAUUUGGCGUUGUUGUCGAAAUGACUGUGUUGCUCGCGUACGUUUUGAUGGAACAGAAGAUAUUAAAGUUGCAGAUCAUGUUCAUGGAUCAAAUCCUAAAGAAACAAUAUCAGUGGAAUUCAAAUCAAAUAUCAGUUCUGGUGCAAUAGCAUCACAUGAUUCAUCACGAGGUAUUAUUCAUCAAGCUUUAUCAAAUGUAAAUAAAAUGAUGGUUCUGCUGUUCCAAACUAUUAAUUAA